GGAGAAACCAGAGCCGUCCGUUUUGUGUAACAGUCACAUGACUCACAUAGUCACAUCACUAUGAUCUUCUCAAUAUUUUUUCUCUUAAAAUAAAAAAAAAUAUUCAAAUUUAUUCAUCAACAAAAAAGUAUACUUUCUCGUGGGGCGAUCACAGGACAAAACCAGAAAAAGUAACAGCUUCCUCCGUCAACUACGCACUUCACUGAUUCAGUCUUCGAUUUCAAACGAUCAACAAACAUUUUUAUCAUAAUCAUAAUCAGAAAAAAGUGUUAAACUUUCUCGUGAGUUUAUAUACUCUGCUAACAAUGCUGUUUAUAAUGGUUUUUGGUUGUUUCUUAAGUUUCUGUUUAAAUUUCGGAUUCUUCUAUCUGGAUCGUUGUUGUUAGCUUCUCAACAUGUAAAAAGUUUCUAUCUUUUGAGGUUUUUUCAUUCCCAUUAUCGAUUUUGCUUCUCUGGGUUUAGUUUUUAACCAAUGUGCACUAGAAAAAAAGUUAAUCUUUAGGAUAUGUUCUUUUAGUUUCAUGAUGAAAAAUUGAAGCUUCAUAGUAUAAUGAUCCUUAAAGCCUGGUACUCAUAAAACCAUUAAUGUUCAAAUUCAAGCUUCAUAGUAAUUUUGAGCUUUAGAGUAUUUUGAAACUUCAAAGAGUUUUGUGUUUUGAGAAUUUCAGGGAUCUGUGUUUGUGAACCAUCUGGGUUUGUGGAAAGUUCGUAGCUUUCGAGGAUUUAUCUAUUGGCUAAAAAGAUGGAUUCUUCUUACUCCUUUGCCUUGGGGACAAGUAGUUCUAUUUUGCCAAAACUCAGUUUCAGGAAUGUAGAGAACAGAUUUUAUGGUGAGAAGAACAACAACAAUGGUUUGUGUAAACGUUUUGGAUCAGAUUUGGGCUCCAAGAAGUUUAGGAAUCAAAAGUUCAAGCACGGUGUUGUUUACGCUGUUGCCACUUCAGAUAAUCCAAAAAAGGCUAUGACAGUAAAGACUUCCAUGUUUGAGAGAAGAAAGGUAGACCCGCAAAAUGUGGCUGCAAUCAUUCUAGGAGGAGGCAAUGGAGCUAAACUCUUCCCUCUUACAAUGAGAGCCGCAACACCAGCUGUUCCUGUUGGUGGAUGCUACAGGCUGAUCGAUAUCCCGAUGAGUAACUGUAUUAACAGCUGCAUCAACAAGAUAUUUGUGCUGACACAGUUCAACUCAGCUUCCCUUAAUCGACAUUUAGCACGAACUUAUUUUGGGAAUGGCAUAAACUUUGGAGGUGGUUUCGUAGAGGUUCUUGCUGCUACACAAACACCAGGGGAAGCUGGGAAGAAGUGGUUUCAAGGAACAGCAGAUGCUGUCAGAAAAUUCCUCUGGGUGUUUGAGGAUGCCAAGAACAGGAACAUUGAGAACAUACUUAUUUUGUCUGGAGAUCAUCUCUAUAGAAUGAACUACAUGGACUUUGUUCAGUCUCAUGUGGAUAGUAAUGCGGAUAUUACUCUUUCGUGUGCACCAGUUAGUGAAAGCCGUGCAUCAAAUUUUGGUCUAGUAAAGAUUGAUCGAGGUGGGCGUGUAAUCCAUUUCUCCGAGAAACCAACAGGAGUCGACCUGAAAUCAAUGCAAACAGACACAACAAUGCUUGGACUGUCUCAUCAAGAAGCAACAGAUUCUCCAUACAUUGCAUCAAUGGGAGUUUAUUGUUUCAAAACCGAAGCUUUGCUGAACCUUCUAACAAGACAGUAUCCGAGUUCCAAUGACUUUGGAUCUGAAGUUAUUCCUGCAGCCAUAAGAGAUCACGAUGUUCAAGGAUACAUAUUCAGAGAUUACUGGGAGGAUAUUGGAACUAUAAAGACAUUUUAUGAGGCUAAUUUAGCUCUUGUUGAGGAGCGACCAAAGUUUGAAUUCUAUGAUCCAGAAACUCCGUUCUACACUUCUCCUCGGUUCCUCCCACCAACAAAAGCUGAGAAAUGUCGGAUGGUAGAUUCAAUAAUCUCACAUGGAUGUUUCCUGCGAGAAUGCAGCGUCCAACGUUCAAUCAUUGGUGAACGAUCACGUCUAGACUACGGGGUUGAGCUUCAGGAUACAUUGAUGUUAGGUGCAGAUUACUACCAAACUGAGUCUGAGAUUGCAUCUCUAUUAGCAGAAGGAAAGGUUCCAAUUGGUAUUGGUAAAGACACAAAAAUCAGGAAAUGCAUCAUUGACAAGAAUGCUAAGAUCGGUAAAAACGUGAUCAUCAUGAACAAAGGCGAUGUACAAGAAGCAGAUAGGCCAGAGGAAGGAUUCUACAUUCGAUCAGGAAUCACUGUGAUAGUCGAAAAGGCGACAAUUCAAGAUGGUACUGUAAUAUGAAUGGAGAGCUUGAAAGUAAGUCCACCGAGCAACAAUCUGAGAUUAAAAAGCAUUUUAGCUAGCCGGUGAAUGAAAAUAGAAAGCUUCGAUCUUUUCUUUCCCGCAGUGCAUCUACAACUAGAAGAACUCAAAUUUAGAGAUAUAGAUUUAGAGAACAAUAAGAAACACAGUCAAGUAUUGAUCAGUGCUCCGGCCGAGCAGUCUUUCUCUCUUUUCACCUUUUGUAUUUAGGAAUCUUUGCUGAUUCUCUUUAUAAUAUUAUUCAAAAAAUAAGCAAACUAUCUUCUGUCAUUGUGCCAC